GGGGGAUUGUGGGAGGGUGGAAAGAAGGAGGUGAUUGUUGGGGAGAAGGAAAACGUAUAAAGGAGGAGAGAGCAAGAGAGGGAGCAAGUGGAGGGAAGACGAGGAGAGAGGAGCUCACUCACAUUUUGAUAAAGAUUACAAACUUUUGCAAACAACAGAGAGCACGAUGGCUGCCAGCAGGGACCUCGCUUUUCCCCUGGUGAUCGUUUGCUUGCUUCUCAUCAGAGGUUACUCUCCCCUGCCUACGACAUCACAAGCUGCAGGGAGGAAUCCCACGGGACCUCUGACCCCACCUGGGUUUGCGAUCGAGGCCUUUUUGCUUUCCUCAGACGAUUACACUCAAUAUGGUGACCCAGUCACCCUUACUCCACACAACAGAGUGUCUCCACAUGGGAGGACUCCUGAUCGGUGCGUCUACGACCCCUGUCUCGAGACUCAGACCACCUGUGCUGAACUAGCAGCCUCAACCGGCUGCUUGUGUCCAGGGUUCACUUUACACAACGUGGUUCCAGAGGCUCCCCUCCUGAAGUCAGUGUCCUGGAACGGGUCAGAGGUCGUUCUUCAGUGGUGUGCACCUCAUUCAUACGUCACAGCUUAUGCUGUGACAGUAGGGGGGGAAGAUAGGCAGACGUUUGGGAAGAACCGGAGGAGUGGCGGAGUGGGAGACGUGGAGCACAUCGCAGAGGUUUGCGUGGUUGCAGUGAAUGAUGCUGGAAACAGCAAGGGGUCCUGUUUGAUGUACCAGCCCGGGGACAGCAGCCUGCCUCUGAAAGCAGGACUCAUCGGGGGAGCUCUGGGCUUCCUGUUGCUCCUCUUGCUGGCCGUACUGCUCUGGAGGCACAGGAGGCAAAGGAAACAGGAGGCCAGCAUCUCUAUGCACAACACAGCUGAGACACAGUGAGCAGAAAACAGAGCAAGACUCCGUCCCACGAGACUCCAAGCGCCAUCGCAGUUAAUUAACUGUGAGUACAUUAUAAUGUCUGAGGUUUUAUGCACAGAGAGGAUACUUGAAAAUGCGGAAAGAAACAAGGUUCGUCAUCUCACAUGAAUAUCUGACUGGUAAUGUUUGUCAUUUUUGAGAACCCCUUGGUGGGCUGUAAAAGGAAGUCCCCACAUCCAUGAUUUGAAAACCAGCUGCGGAAAAAUAUUGCACUUAUUAUUAUGUUUUCUGGAAAUGAAUCCCAGGAGACAAAGACACAUUUUGCAAGAAAGAUAAUGUGAAUUUUUUGCAUUUCAAAAAUGAGCUGUUUGGUGCCGGCGCUCAGGAUGUGGUCCCUGUUUACAGCUGCUCAUUUAGAUCAUUAUAGUUAAUGGGAUAAAACAUGCAAAACCACCAGUACGGUAAUUUAAGUAUUUAUUCUUUCCUUGAUUUCAGGGAAUUUGAGAUGUUGGUUCAUUCCUCAAAAAACUGUUGUCUAACAGCAGCCGUCAUAGUCCUGUGAAAACCAUGUAUCUCCAAAAUAUCAGCUUUCAUGAGCUCGGCUUGUUUUCAGCUUUGCGUCAGUGCAUUUGUCUAGUAAUCAAAUGAGUUUAUUUAGCUUAAUAAGUAAAAGCAUAUUUUAAACUCAACAUUGGAACAUGCAAUGAAAAUAACAAUAGAUUUAUACCAGAGUCAACAGCUGAUUGUUGACUGAGGUUUAAAUGAGUUUGAAUAUUUUUAUAUUAUUUGUGGUCAUGCUAGAAUAAUUUAAUCAGGAAGCACACGUCAGAACAUACUGUGUAGAAAGAAUGGUGAUGUUAUAUUUUCUUUGAAACUCUUUGUGAGAGAUUUAUGUAUUUAAUUACAGAGUGAUUUAUGGUUUUAAGGGCUGAGAGUGAAUGUGCUGUAUUUAUGAACAUCAUUUGGUUUGUUGCCGUAGAUCUUGUACAUGUUAAGAGUUUCCUUAAACUGAUACAAGUUUAGAGAAACAAACUGAAACUAUUGUGUAUGAACAGUAUGUUAAGGGUUAUUUAAAAGCCUUGGGAUGGGUGUGUUUUUUCCAUUUGUCCCAUCUUCGGAAGUUGUGUCAGCGUAUACUGGAUGAGAGCUCAGUGCUGGUUUUUCCAGCUGUCAUACAAUGGCCUUUUCAGCGGAUAUGGAUUUUGCGAGGCUUGUCUCAUUCCAGCUGAGACUUCCAGUCAUCCAGCAGUGAACUGGAGAGAAGCUUUAGGCUUCUUUUUUUUUUGCCAUGAUGAAAAAGAGAAGAAAGUCCAAUAUUUAAAUCCCCCCCCAGUUUAUCUCAUGUUCAAGCCUCCAUCUGCAUGUCUCGCAGCCAUGUUAUAAUUCCUUUUUGCUCCUGCUGCUGCUGCCACUGAGUUGUUCCACCGCUCCUGGCGUCUUUCUCAUUCCAGCUGCACUGCACAACUUACAUCGCACAGAGCUGCAUGGAAGUCAUCUAACAUCUGUAAUUUGGAGACAUAACAGAUUGUUCGUUUCGGUCGCUGAAAUGGCCUCAAGAUGUUGCUUUCAUGACACAUAUUCAGCCCGGGUGCAGUCGCUCUCGAACUGGGAGGGAAAUCUUGACAUGAAUGGGCCAGUAUGAGACGAAAUGUAAAAACAUGGACAUACAAUUUCAGCCUGUUUUUGACGACAUGUAAUGUACUUAAACCCCAUGCAAGUUUGACAGGAACUACAAUCAGAGCAGAGCUGUUCUGCUGAUGGUACCAGAACAACAUGUACUUAUGUACCUUAUUUCAAAAGGAAUGUGGUUUGCCUUUUUUUAAAUAAACUAUUUUUUUUAGAAAUGUG